CGACAAGCGCCACAAGUACGAGCGCCCCGAGUACGAGCACCCCACCCACCGUCUCCCUCCUGCCUCUGCGCGCACCCGUAGCUUAAGCGAGGAGUUGGGGUGGGGAAAUAAGGAGACGCAGAGACCCAAACGGGCGGUUAUUAUGCCACCCAGUCAGCGGUUGCCAUAGCAGCGCUUGACGUCACUCUCCGACCCCUGCUCAGCGAUUGGAGGAAACCCCGUGCAUCGGUUAGAGCUUUGAGCGCUCGGAAGGAGACCGGACUCUGCUAUCGGCAGUCAGUCACACACGGAGAAAGCGAGACGUGCGCUCGUCCAAGCCCGGGGAUUCGACUACUUGCCGGCAACGGUUCGUGUUCCCUGCAGCCUAUCACAGAAUAAUAGCCAUGGAUAAAAACGAACUGGUUCAGAAGGCCAAGUUGGCUGAACAGGCAGAGCGGUACGAUGACAUGGCUGCUUGUAUGAAGAGAGUUACCGAGGAGGGAGGGGAACUGUCCAAUGAAGAAAGGAACCUUCUCUCAGUGGCCUACAAAAAUGUAGUAGGUGCGCGUCGGUCGUCCUGGCGGGUGGUGUCUAGUAUUGAGCAGAAGACGGAAGGAGCUGAAAAGAAACAGGAGAUGUCACGAGAAUACAGGGAGAAGAUUGAGGCUGAAUUGCGAGAAAUCUGCAAUGACGUUCUGAAUCUUCUGGACAAAUUCUUGAUUGCCAACGCAUCACAACCGGAAAGCAAAGUUUUCUAUUUGAAAAUGAAGGGUGACUAUUAUCGUUACUUGGCUGAAGUAGCUUCUGGCGACGCAAAGGCAGAUAUCGUGGCCCAGUCACAGAAGGCAUAUCAAGAUGCUUUUGACAUCAGCAAAACUGAAAUGCAACCAACACAUCCUAUCCGAUUGGGUCUGGCCCUGAACUUCUCUGUGUUCUAUUAUGAGAUCCUCAAUUGUCCAGAGAAAGCGUGUUCUCUUGCAAAGGCCGCUUUUGAUGAAGCCAUUGCUGAGCUUGACACUUUGAGCGAAGAGUCCUACAAAGACAGCACAUUAAUAAUGCAGUUACUGAGAGACAACUUAACAUUGUGGACAUCAGACACCCAAGGGGAUGAAGCUGAACAAGGAGAAGGAGGGGAGAAUUAAUCAGCCUUCCUUUUUGUCUGCCUCAUAAAAUUUACACAAUAGACCAUUCGUCAUCCUUACUGUCCCACAAAUAGGUUUUGUUUUUUUUUUUUUUAAUUUUAUUUUUUGUUUUUGUUUUGUUUACAAUUACGGUUUAUGUUACUUCUCUUUGGACUUCUAUAUUUCCCAUGUGGCUUUUGUGUUUAAUAAUAGGGAAUAGAGCCAGUUAAUAUUUGGGGGAGAUAUAUAUAUUUUUUUUUUCUCUCUUAAGGUGGCCAAUCUAGGGAUGUUGAAUUUUUAUACAUGUUUUAAGUGUUUUGGCAUAGUACUUCUGGUAAAAUCAUGGAAACGAAGGGAUCAUCUGCAGGGGUGUUUAACCCUUCCCUCAGCUGUUAUGGGGCUGCCUAUGCUAUAGAGGUGUAGCCCUGUAAGAGCUGCAGCAGCUGGAUAUCCCUGUUAGAGCUGUGGGCACAGACUUUGACAUUCCUAAAGCGCAAUGGGUGCAGGAAACCUGCCUCAUGUUCCGCUAAAGCUUUUAUACCCUCCAAGUCUCUGCCUAUUCUUUUUACUGAAUGUUCUUUGAGAAGGCAAGUACCUGUCCCACUAGUAGCCAUGGAGGAAGGACCCCGGUUACCAUUCCCAGUUCCCUAAACCUUCUGCUUUUGUUUCAAGUUGCUACUCUCCACCUUAUUUGUAUUUAAAUCGUUUUUCAACCACCUAAGAUCAAAACAAAAAAAGUACUUGACUCAUUAAACGCUCCGUGCUUGGUAUCCAUAUUUCCACUCUCUAUCAAGCGCCGCAGAAAAGGAAAACAAAACCCUUCUAUUUAACUUUUAGUUUUUAUUUUUGUUUUUGAUACUUGCCUAACAUGCAUGUGGCUGUAAAAAAAUAAAUAAAUAAAUAAAAUAAUUUAAAAACAAACAAAAAAAAAAAAAAACUAGUUACCAGGGGAAUAACUUGAGAUGAUGGCUAGCUUUGUUUAAUGUCUUACGGAAAAAUUUCAUGAACAAUCCAAGCAUAAUUGUUAAAGAACAUGUGUAAUAAGUUGAUGUAAGUGGAAUAAAAAUUUUAUGAACGGA